UUAAGAAGGGAUUGCAAACAGGACGUGGUAUACGCAGUCUUUUGGGCUUUACUGAGGACGAGUCGCCUUAUGGCUUCUCAGAGAGUGACUUUUUCCACUGGGUCACACUUUUUCUCGUGCGCUCCUUAACUCCUCACAACUUGUCUUGUUAAUAAAAUCCGGAGCAUUCAGCUUUAAGCCCGUGCUGUUUUUCUGUGCGUAAUUUCUAUCCAGGAUCGACAAAAAGGCGACAUCACAACAACACGAGGACGAGGAAUCAAGGCAGAAAUAAAACGAACUGGGGGAAAAUGAAAGCCGUCUUGGAUUUCGGCUUGAUUUUCCUCAUGCUGCACACUCCCGGCGUGCUGUCCUUGUCCACACAUGUAGCAAUCAUCUACCCUCAGGACCCUGUCCUUCACAUGGGGUCCAACCUUACUGCCAGCUGCUGGGUCCACCCCGACCUCGGCGUCCACGCCAGCUCUCUGUUCUGGACACUGAAUGGUCAACAGCUGCCCAGCUCCCUCUACAGAGUGCUGAGCCCAACCAACCUCAGCGUGACGCUGUCCGGACUCAACGCCUCCAGGCAAACGUCCGGAGACAACCUGGUUUGCCACAACCACAAGGGACACAUCUUGGCGGGCUCCUGCCUCUACGUUGGGAUGCCUCCAGAGAAGCCGGUCAAUCUGACCUGCUGGUCCAGGAACACCAAAGACCUGACUUGCAGCUGGGCUCCAGGAGGAAAAGGAGAGACCAACAUUAGCACCCAGUACACGCUCAAGUACAAACUAAGGUGGUAUGGUAAGGAGAAGGAGUGUGAGGAUUACACUCAUACGCAGCCUUACUCCUGCAGCAUCACCCGGGACCUGCACCUCUUCACGCCCUAUGAGAUCUGGGUGGAGGCCUCCAACCAGCUGGGCCGGGCCACCUCUGAUGUCAUCACCCUUGACAUUCUAGACGUGGUGACCACGGACCCUCCGUCAGGUGUGACCGUGAGCCGUGUCGGGCAGUUGGAAGACCAGCUGAGUGUUCGCUGGGAGGCGCCGCCCGCUCUCAAAGACUUCCUGUUUCAAGCCAAAUACCAGAUCCGCUACAGGCUGGAGGACAGCCAAGACUGGAAGGUGAUGGAUGAUGUUGGGAACCAGACUUCUUGUAGAUUGGCUGGACUGAGACCUGGAACUGUGUAUUUUGUACAGGUCCGCUGUAACCCUGUGGGCAUCUAUGGGUCUCGCAAAGCCGGUAUCUGGAGCGAGUGGAGCCAUCCCACUGCUGCAUCCACACCCCACAGUGAGCGGUUGAUGUCGGGCUCCUGUGACUCCAAGUCCAGCGCGGACUCCAACUCCACCCUGCGCAGGGAGCUGAAGCAGUUCUUCGGCUGGGUGCGGAAACAUGCCUACGGCUGCAGCAGCAUGUCCAUGAAGCUGUACGACCAGUGGAGAGUGCUGAUGCAGAAAUCCCACAAAGCUCGCAACCAGGUAGGUUCUCCAAGGGGAUAAAUCCUAGCACAUGCUGCCUUUACAAGCAGAAAACAAGUCAAGAAAAGAACUGAGUGAGUGCGAUUUGUGUUUUUGUCUGUAUGUGUGUUUGAAAAAUGAGAAAGAGAUUGUAUUCGUAUAUGGGAAUUUGUUCUGGACGUUUUGUGUGGAGACCAGCAAUGGACGUGAGAGGACAUCCACAGAGAAGCGAUGGGAUUUUCUUCCUCUAUGCAUCUUUUAGCACUGUUUUUGCCUGAAAAGUUGCAGCUUGGAAGGACUGAGAAGGUGGACCCAUCAUCCCUGGUAUCAUGUGGACUACUCCGCUUUCACAAAGGACAUUGUAGCAUGAAUAACUUGGACAUUGGUAAAGGUGUUUUAACAUGCACCUGUGCUAAAUGUGCACAGAGGUGGUCAAAACAGAUUCAAACAAAACAGAAGUGCUGCCAAAGCAUCUUAAAGUAUUCUGUGACCUUCUUCGGGUUUGUCCUGUGGAUUCAAAGCACCAUCUAGUGGCUGUUCGGCAUCCAUGGAUUCUCCAAUCAAAGCUUUCACUGUGGUCCUGAUGUAAAAAGAGAAAAGUAACAAAUUAUCAUUCAGUAUUUUUAAUUCAUGCUUUGUUAUAUAAGUAGAUAAUGUGCCAAACUGGUUCACCCAGGGUUCCUCUGUUCCUGAGUGACAGUAUGUGACUGAUGACAUGAUGGUGUUUGUGUAUGGAAACAUUUCACUGCCUUUAUUUUUGUACUGAAUUGUACCAGCAUAUUUAAAACUGUAUAAAGUUUAUGUUUAUGUUAAGUUAUGUUUAGUUAGUAAAGAAAUAUCAGUGACUGAAGUUGUUAUCAAUCUCUAAUGUUGCUCUAUAAAAAUG